AUGGGAAGCAAUGACUACAUCAACAACUACUUUAUGCCCGAGCACUACAACACAAGUCGCCAACACAACCCAAAUCAAUAUGCAUCACUACUAAUUCAACAAUAUUCCCUGCGUUUAAGGGCUUUGUACAACUAUGGAGCAAGGAAGGUCGUGUUGUUUGCUCUUGGUCUAAUUGGUUGUGCUCCAUAUGAAUUGAAGAGGAACAUUGGACUACCAUGUGUGCCCCACAUCAACCUAGCAGUCAACCUCUUUAAUAACAAGCUUAAGGUUCUUGUAGAUAACCUCAAUCAACAGCUUGCUGGUGCAAAGUUCAUUUAUGUGAAUACUACCGGAAUUUCGACUACCAUGGGUUUUGGUUUUAGGUUUUCAAACGCUCCAUGCUGUACAGUAUCAACAGGCAUUGGUGAAGGGCAGUGUCUUUCACAACAAGAUCCAUGUCCUAAUAGGAAUGAGUAUGUCUUCUUUGAUGCAUUCCAUCCUACUGAGGCUGCUAAUGUGAUCAUGGGAGGGAGAGCAUACACUUCUCAGAAUCCGUUCGACACUUAUCCGGUCGAUAUUCGAGGUCUAGUUCAGCUCUAG